AUGGCGUGCAAGAAGCCAUGGAGUGCCUUCGCCCUGGCGAUGGUGCUCAUGGCCAACUUUUUACCACUGGCAGCAGCUCUCCCGAAUCUCCGUAUCAUGCCCCUCGGAGAUUCCAUCACCAAGGGUAGUGGCUCCAGUGGUAUCGUUGGCUACCGAGGCCCUCUUCGCCGCAAGCUCCUGAGCCAAGGCAAGGACGACGGGAUUACCGUCGACAUGGUUGGAAGUCUCACAGAUGGCAACAUGCCUGACAACAACCAUGAGGGCCAUAGUGGAAGGUACCUGGACGAGAUUAACACGUACUGGAAACUAUCCAUCAAAUCCCGCCCCAACUUAGUUCUCAUCCAUGCCGGUACAAACAACAUGGAUAAGAACCGUGACCUUGACAUUGCCCUCGAUAUCUACCGGAAUAUGAUCGACGGCAUCUUUACUGAAGCCCCCGAGGUCACUAUCCUUGUUGCUCCUGUCAUCUGGGCCAACAAGCCGGCUAUGCAAGUCAACACCGACAACUUCAACCCGCAGCUCGAGGCCCUGAUCAAGUUGAGGCAGCAGCAAGGAAAGCGUAUCCUUCCUGUGCCCAUUGACAUCGGCCCUGGUGACCUUUGGGAUGAGAAGCACCCCAACGACAAGGGCUACGAGAAGAUGGCCAAUGCUUGGCUCAAGGCUAUCCUGGAAGCCGACUCUCGCGGCUACCUGAAAAAGCCCGUCGCCAUGACCGACGACGACGCCCCGAACACGGGCAUCGGAAACUCGGCCGACGGUGGCUCCGAGAUUGGCGGCUCUCACGACAAGAUCUGGCAGAAGAAGGGCACCGUCUUUGAGGGUUUCCGCACCUGGGAAACUGUCGGCACCAUCGCGGCUGCGGCCGAGAACGGCAGCCGUGACAAGUUGAUCCUGGCUGACCUCAACGGCGACGGCAUCUCUGACUACGUCCUUGCCGAUAACGACGGCACGGUUCGGGCCUGGAUCAACGGAGGCAAGCCCAACUCCUGGACGAGCCUCGGCAAGGUCAACCCGGCCUGGAGCUCUAUCAAGGGUGACAUGAUACGGAUGGCCGAUGUCGACAAUGACGGCAAGGCAGACCUGAUUGUUCUGUACUCGGACGGUGCAGCAAAGGUCUGGAAGAACACAGACAAUGGUAAGAAGUUUGAAGCCCUUGACUCCAAGUGGGCCACAGGUCUGGCGUCUUCAGAAAAGGUUCAUUUUGAGGAUAUCGAUGGUGACGGAUAUGCCGACUACGUUAUCGUUUACAGCGGUGGCGGUGUCAGAUGGGCACGCAACACGCACAACAACGGCAAGGAUAGCAGCAAGAAGAACUGGGAGAAUGACGAGGCUAUCGCCCCUGGUCCUGCUGGAAUGCCAGCCAAUAGGGCAAGAAUUCGCGAUGUCGACGGCGAUGGCAAGGCUGACUACCUGGUUGUCUAUGAUGGCGGUGCCGUCAAGGCCUGGCGCAACACCAUUGGAGACGGCGGCACCGAUAACAACUGGGCCGACCUGGGUACCAUCGCUCCCGGCGUGUCAGGCGUCACUGGAAACAUGAUCCGGUUUGCGGACAUGGACGGUGACGGUUUGCCCGACUUUCUCGCGGUUGCUGAUGACGGAAGCAUCCGCAUGUGGAAGAACCUGGGCAUCGCUGGCACCAAGGGCGCCAGCCUCCGGUUUGCCGAUCUGACUGGCGAUGGAAAGGAUGACAUCAUCUCUGUCGAUGCCAAGGGCCGGGCUCGUGCCUGGACCAACAAGGGCGUUGACAAGUGGGAGUCGAUGGGCGAGAUCGCGCCUGGCCUCGAUGAGGAUCUCUCUUCGGCACGUAUCGAGUUUGCCGAUGUGAAUGGCGACAAGAAGGCCGACUAUCUUGUCAUCUACGGUGGAGGUGCAGUCAAGGCCUAUCUGAACAACGGCAACCUUCCCAACCCCGGAAGCAACCGCAUCUGGCAGAACCCCAUCACCCUCUCGCCCGGCGUUGGAGAGCCUGGCAGCAAGGUACGCUUUGCAGACAUGAACGGAGAUGGCUACGACGACUUCCUCAUCCUCUACGAAGGCGGAGCCGUCAAGUGCUGGCUCAACAACAAGAACGUGCCGCCAAAGGAUGGUGAGCGCAUCUGGGGUGAAGGCCAGACUGUGGCAACAGGCGUCGGCGAGCCAGGCAGCAAGAUCAGAUUCGCCGAUCUCACAGGCGACGGCAAGGCCGACUACAUCGUCCAGUACGAUGGAGGUGCCGCCAAGGCCUACCGCAACCUGGGCAAGAUCGGCACCAACAAAGGCGGCCGGAAAUGGAGUCUCAUUGGUACGGUUGCCACAGGCGUCAGCCCCCAGGGACCUGUUUACUACGCGGACCUGAACGGAGAUAAGAAGGCCGACUACCUCGUUGGCUUCGAUGGCGGUGCUGUCAACGCAUAUAUCAACCAAUACGACUGGAUCCCAGACAAGGAUGAAGACACUGGAGGUGGCGACGAUGGUGGUGAUGAUGGCGGCAACGACGACGAUGAGAAAUGGUCAUGCAAAGACCACAAGUCCACGUAUGGAAAGGGCCCAGACCCCUACGGCGUUUACAAGUCCUACUCUGGCGCGCUCAAGGGCCUUCAGUACUUCACCGUCGUCAACCUCACCCCAUACACCUUCAAAUACGACGCAGAUGGCUCCCACUCAAACCAGAUGAAGAAGUGGGACUUUGGUGACGUUGAACCCGGAAGAGCUCGACAGAAUGCUGCCUUCUACGACGAUGGUGGCGGUUUCGGCUUCAGGGUCGACGCCAAGGGAGAGGCCUACUACACCAUCGGCGACACUGGUAAGAAGUUCGCUGUCCGUGUGACAAACAACUUUGAUGACGAGGAACAUCCCUACCGUGUGAUUUGGGAUCUGAAUGGCAUGGGCGCAGGCCAGCGCGAGGUCAAGUGCCCAGACCAAGAGGCCGCCGUCACGCUCGUCAUCACAGGCAGCCCUGAUUAUGAACACGGCUUCAUCACAUCCAUCAGGUUCGGUCGAGGAGACUGGAUGCACAUGAUCCAUGACACCAUCAAGGACCGCAAGCUAAGGGAGGUCAUCAUGCCUGGCUCACACGAUGCCGGCAUGAGUUACCUAUCGGGCAAGUUCCACGGUGAUGGUAUCAAGGGCAACACACAGACUCAGGGGAUCAACAUCAACCACCAGCUUUGGGCCGGAUCGCGGUGGUAUGAUCUGCGAGUAGUCUCGAUCCAUAAGGGCUCCAUGGCCGAUAACGACUAUUCAUUCUGGAUCUCUCACAUGUCAGAGUUCGGGGGCAUCUAUCACGGCAACACGGGCGAGAGCCUGGACGAGGUGAUUGAUGAGAUCAACGAUUUCACCUCGGAAAAUCCUGGCGAGGUCAUCGUCUUGCAGUUCCGCUAUCUGCACGGCAUGCACGACGCGGCGAACAGCCCGCGCCGCCCCUGGACCAAGGACAUCAGAGGGGAAUUCUUUAAAAAGCUCAGGACCAUCAAUAACCGUUGCGCCAACGUCCACCUGAAGGAGGGCGUCAAGGGCAAGGAGCACGCGAUUCAAGAUCUGAAGAUAAGCCAACUGCAACGCGGCGCAACGUUUACAGGUGCGGAGGAUACGGAUCAGAAGGCCAAUGGCUGUGUCCUCAUCUUCCUGGACGGUGAUUCGAUGCUCACUGACACCAAGGAGCUCACGGAGAGCGACACCUACUCACGCAGCGACGGCAUUUACCACAAGAAUGAUAUGCAUAUGGAAGAUGCUUGGCCCAAUGAGUCCGAAGUCGAAUUCUCAGCUGAGGAGGCCGUCGAGAUGUGGCUGAACCAGGCAGAUGUGAGCAAGCUUCACAUCGGCCAGUGGGUUGUCACAGGUGGCAUCAGGGCCAUCGACUGGAACGCGGAAGUCAUGAACAGCGUCUUCCCCUGGAGGGCCAUCAACACAAUCGACCCCAAGUCGGACAUGUAUCCCUCUGUCUUUUUGAUGGAUUACAUCGGCGUGUUUGUCUCGGGUGAGACAGACUGGAAUCUCUUGAGCGCCGAGGCCUACGCCAUGGCCAUCGGCCUGAACCUGUACACCAUGAGCGAGAACUGCGGUGUCAACCCCGACAAGAGACCGCCGCUGCUUCCAAAGGAGAGCAAGAGCCAGAGGCUCGCCAGUGACAAGCAGCGUCCACAGUGGAAUGGAAUCAUCUACGCGAACGGUACCGUCAACGACAAUCCACCGGCCGACCUGCAUCUGGGCUGCAUCGAGACCUUGAAGAAGGGAACUGUAUUCGGCAACGGAACGAUUCUGGAGAAGGACAUGCCGAACCCCAACUGCAACACCAAGGGGCCUCCCAAGAUUGAUACUCUGCCCUCGUUUGGCAUUUCCGAGUCCACACUGAGCACUUCUGUGACUACGCUGAGCACUCCUGUGCCUACACUGAGCUCAUCUGUGCCUACACUGAGCGCUUCUGCGUCUACGCUGAGGACAGCCGUGCGGAUAACGAGCACCACGAGCAGCGUGUUCGCCACACCUACCGGCCGUGCUUAG